AUGAAUUUUACUCUGUGUGCUGGACUUAUCGUGUUAUUAAUGUCCGAAGUCGUAGCAUCUCAAGCACUUGUUUCUAAGGAAGCGUCUCUUUCUUGUCCUGUGAUAACUUACAAUCAUCGCCGACUUAAAGGCUUCACAUUCAAAACAAUUCACUUAGCAAGCCUGAUAUCCUGUGGUUUGCUAUGUCAGAGAGACCCUCGAUGCGUUUCGACAAAUUUCAGAAACUUUUUCAAAAGUGAGGGAACCUGUGAGUUGAACGAUAGAGGAGUUCUCCUUACUGAGAAAGGAAACGAACUGGAAUACGACGAAGAGGCGAUUUACGCUCAAUUUUACGACACGAAGGUAACAAAAAAAUUUUGAUAAAAGACCAAGAAGGAGAUGUUAUUGAUUCCUCGAGGCACUUGUCUUUCAUUCGUGGUAUCUUCUCAUAAAAUCUUCAUAUUUCGACGACAGAUGUGAAAACUUUCCAUCUGUCAUAUUUUUUUUGAAUGUUUUUAUCGUUUGGUCCUAAAGUAGUUUGACGUGUAUGCGGGUAAAAAGGCGAAUGGACCACAUUUCACUGAGUGCUGAUAAUCAAAAUGUUGUACUGUCGUUUAAAGUAAAAUGAGAAAUUUUUCCUAAGUGGGAAUUUAAAUCUUGGUAUCAUUGGAGUCAAUAUCUGCAAACUGCUCCGAAGCUCAAUAAAGUUAAAUAUAUCUUAAGUUGAUACGGUCAUACGGAUUUAAUACACAAAAUUCAGCUUGAAGCUAAAACUUUCAAGAUGUAUCUAAAGGCCUUCAAUUAACUCACUUUUGCAGUCUCCAUACGGUAAUGAACCCGGAAGACUAAUUGAUUUCCCGAUAAAAUAAAAAAAUGAAUGAUUUUUUGUUUUCAGCAACACUCUCAGGCCUUCAAGGAAGAUUUAAAAGUCGUCAACUGCAAAUGUAAGUAGCGUUGGUUUGAAAGGUGUUCUUGAGGUUAAAGUCAACGACUUCGUGUUUAAAUUACAAUGAUUUACUUGUCCCUGCUGCUUCUUGUGUCUCUCCGCCAAAAGGUGCGGAGUCUGUCGUCUUCGCGAACCUCGGCGGACCCUCACAAACAUUCCCCGAACCUGCUUGAAACAUUUCGAUUCUUACAGUUUCCUUGAAAGUCCUCGAAUGCUCUCAAAAAAAUUGCUGAGAAAACUGUUGCCUAGGUUACUUCUAAAUUAAAGUAGAAAUCAAGCCCUUAACUCCCACGAGUGACCAAGACAGAAUUUCUCCUUAAAAUAACCAUACAAUAUCAAUCAGACAGGGGAUGAGAAUAAUGGAAAAGAUAAGUUUGAGGAUUUUCUAGUCGAUCCAGUACCAAAUUCUCAGAACUAGCAUCAUAAGAGUCGUAUAGCAGACAGUAAGGAGAAUUAAUAAUGAGAUCUUGGGCACUGAAGGGUUAUGGAAACAAGAAACUGAUGAAGAAGCCGAGGACACUCACUGCGUCAUUCACAACUUCAAAUGCUGACGUGCCUACAAAAUGCAUUGCGAAAACAUGAUAGCGUUGAGUCAUCAACAUGAGGAGCAAUUUAAACAUAUCCAGAAAUGAGACAAGAUAGACACCAGUGAUUCAAAAACCUCUGGAUACUCCAAAGGUGCCGUAGUAAAUUUUAACCGUUUUGGGUACGAAUCUUGAUUUGGCAUAGAGCUUCGACCAUCACUUGUAAGUCGGAGAGAUUUAACUCACGCGAAAGUUUUUAUCUUGAUCAAACUUUUUUCGUUAUAAUGCUUGAGAUAAAGUAGAAAGGUGAAACUACACUUACUUUUACAUUUCUAUUCAACCGUUUUCAAAAUCCUCCUUUAUUCCAUGAUAAACAAAUCAAUGUCAUUUCUCUGUCUCAAUUUCAGGUGCGGAAUCACUAAAAGCCCCAGUUCCCCUCGGCAUGGAGAGCGGUGCUAUUUUUGACUCACAGAUCACCGCUUCUUCCGUGUAUAAUGAUAACCUUGCCGCACGGAAUGCUAGAUUACAUUUCAAAGGAUCCGAAAACCCGAUUAGACGUGCUGGCUGGGUAGCUGGAGUGAAAAACAUUAACCAAUGGCUGCAAGUGGAUCUUCAGCAAAUCACAAGGGUAAUAGGCAUGGCGACGCAGGGGAGACAUGAUUUCGAGCAGUGGGUUACUAAAUACAAGCUACAAUAUGGCGAUGAUGGACAAACUUUCAGAGUUUACAAGCGAAACGGAGACAUAUCAGACGCGGUAUGAAAAAGUAUGCUUAAUUGAACAAACCUUUUUGCGGAGAAAAAGUCCCCAUGAGGAAUAGAACCUUUUUGUAUUCUGCAUUCUGAUUCUCUUCCACUGAGCCACAAAGCAGUUACGCUAGGCUGGGCCAUAUACUCUCUGUCAUUGAGCCAACAGAAAAGCAUUUACGAAAGUUAUAAGUUAAGAGUAACUCGCAUUGUAAAAUAAAAAACUUACGCUCGUUAAUUUUACGCCCAAAUAUAUUCUCCUCAGGUUUUCCCAGGAAACAAGGACAGAGACACAGUAGUUUACCACGAUCUUAACCCGCUCAUUUAUGUUCGCUAUGUUCGAGUUCUUCCAAUGGCAUGGAAAGGGACGAUCGCUAUGAGGAUUGAGCUUUAUUCUUGUUAAGGUAACCUACUGAUCCAAUUGUGUAGCAAUGGCCGAGAUUUUUGUGAAAAACGUAUUCUGGAAGACGGAAGGUGUGCGUUGGGUAAGGGUAAGCUGUAAUGGACUGACAUUAAAUUUAACCCUUUAGCUCCCAAGAUCUUCAUGCUAAUUCUCCCGUCUAGCUGCUGCACAUUCCUUGCAAAUCAGGUACAAGAAUUAGGUGUUAGAUCAGGAUAACAACUUUUACCUGAUAAGUUUGAAUAUUCUCAUCACCUGUUUGCAAGAUAUAUGUAUGGAUAUUUUAGGAAAAAGUUUCAUGUUAAUCACUUAUGAGGGUUAAAGGGUUAAGAGCGCUAGCAGUGCUCAGAAACCAAAGCGAGCCCCGAUUUAAGGCCAGUUGCCCUUUGAGUUUUACACAUGAUUGUAAGAUGUCAUCGAUAGAGCUUACGCAUUUCACAUAACAUCCCCAACCUAUUUUUUUUUUUUUACUGAAAUACAUUAUUUGUUUUUGAUAGAAAACCAAAUCUCUUUACUUGUUUAAAGUGCAAAAGUCACAACUGAAGGGAAGAAUUAACCUUCUCAGUGUUAGAUUGCACUUGUAGUGUCACGUGACUUGUGAUGUAAACAAACCGCGAAAGUUUAGACUUUGAGUAAACCAUGCCACCCAUGGCUCGAGUCCGAACUUCGGCUUUGGCAUUUUGUCGUAAAUAGGUUCCCUCUGUCGCGCCAUGAAAAAAUAAAAAAGCAUUCUAUGUACUGUGAUGUAUCUUCUUAGGUAUUUUAAGGGCGUUAAGCGCGUUGAUUGUCAAAUGAAACCACGUCUGAUAGGAGAUUAUUGCCCACGAAUCGCUGUAGAACGUGAUCAAGCCUGGAUUCCCUCACAGAGUUUCGUUUCAUAUCGUAUUGCGUGAAAUGUUUUAUGUAACGCAAAGGGGAAAUCCUGCCAAAUCCAGUUCAAUCUACAAGAGGAGUUGCAGCUUAGAAUAGCAGAUCACAAAAUUUGAGACAGUUUCAACGCUAUGAAUGGGGUAGAACCUAAAAAUAUCUACAGAAACGGGGCAUUUCAGUGGGCAGAUAUUUCACAACUUUGUGUGUGGAAAUCGCCUCCGCAGUCGAAAAAAAGGGUUCUGUUAGUGUGUCCAAAUUUCGAAAAAGGCGGCGCCACUACUUCAGGCAAAUCAAUAAUUCAUGAUAUGUUUAUUCUCAAUCUAGUUUUUUUGACGACUGUGAACAAUUUUAACGCUUCGCAGCCGUUUGGAUUGAAGAAUAUUUUUAAUCAUAUGAUUUACAACUCCACCGAGUCAGGCGAGGACUCGCCGCUUAUAAAUCAUUUGAAGAUUAUCGACUAUUCGAUAAUCGUUUGUUGCGUAUCGUAACCACUAGAAGUCUCGUGACACUACACGUGAAAUCUAACGCCGAAAAGGUAAAUUAUCAAUCAGACCCUGGAAGUCUGACGGUUAAGGCAGGGGAAUGGAGAAAAAAAACGACCAGAAACUAUCUUUUACAUGCUUGUUAUUACUAUUUUUGUUUCCUUAUUUUUCAUAUAGAAUAACAGCUGUUUGCAAGAAACAUCACUGCAAGUCAAUCCCUUCUAUGACUAAUCCAAAAUGAUUUUUGUUUGUGGAUUACAAAGUACAGCAGCAGCUUGAUUCGCUGACUAAUUAAUUAUUGGUCGUUUUAACUUAAUAGUCGUUAUAAUUCGUAAUGUGAGGGAUAUGCACCAAUGGCAGCACAUUAAGACGCACCUGUAAAAAAGAACGAGCGAACGUGCUCUUUUGGAGACUCGUGUUCAAUCAACCUCAGUGCCUAACGAGAACCGAUGGUGAAAACAAACCAAUCUCUCAUGAAAAUGUAUAAUACAUCAUACUCUCUUAACCACUUUAACAAAGUAAUAAAUCUUGUUUCGUAGGAAAGUGACACGUGUGUUCAUUAAGCGACAAGAAACCUUUGACGAGUUUGCAUGCCGUUAAGACGUUUUUAGCAGUUGUAACUGAUAAAAUUGUUGAAUAAAGUAUGUACCCCUAAUUAAAUUUGUAAGCAAAUGAACCUUGCGAGUAAAUGUGACUCAAAUAGUCAGAUUUAACGCUCAGGAAUUGUUGAGAAAUAAUCGCACAAUAAAGGAAGUUAUUACAACCCUAAAGGUUUCGACUUUUUAGAGCAAAUAUGGCCAUGAGAGAUUUAUGGAAACACAUAAACCCAUCACGAAAUCAUUGAAAGUCCUGGAAUUUUUGCAAUGGAGGAAUCUGAUAUUAUAGUUUCUUCAUAAAUCAAAUUGUGACACGUGUUUCUAGUAGGAUUCGAACCUGCAAUUCUUCGUGUAUAAGGCGGACGUGAUAACCACUCCACUACAGGAACGCGGCUUGUAAGCAUGGCUUUGUCCGCCAAGAGCAUUUCACUCAUGGCGGGAUAUGACGUAGUCUUUGAAGGUCAAGAAAAGCUCUGAAGGUGUUUGCGAUAUCGGCGCAUUUUGAUUUUAUUUCUGGUUACUUUUACAUUCGCUGAGCCGGGUUACAAUUUGGACUAACGUAAACUUUAAUGUCAUUUUGACAGUGCACGUAUUGUAUUAUUGGAGAGCUCAAUUUUAAACUUUGUCUCAUUGCUGUUAUUGAAUAAGGAUUAAACUCACGCAUACAACAUUUGCAACUGCAGAAGACAUGACCACAGGUUUGGCUUUGUAUUGUUAUUCUUCCUAGUGAAAAAAAAGCCAUACCGACUGUUGCUGUAAAAUGAUUUUAUAUUCAAAUUAGUUAUAAACCGCGUCCUCUUCAUAUGAAUUUCUUUUCGUUAUUGAGGUAUCAAAGUUCCUCUGUCGUUCAUAUCACAGAUUCCUGUUGCUAUUUUGAAACUUGAAAUUUUAGGGAAAUCGAGAACUUCUUUGACAUUGCAAACCGUAGGAUGCUAAGCUUACAUAAUGAGAUUUGAAGGUGAAUCCUGAUAGUCGGCUAUUAUGUAAGUUAUAGCGCUAUGAGAGAAAAUAGUUUUCAUUUGUGGCAACCCAAUGAGAUGUCGAGUGUUAAGAGAGAUGAGCCGUUCUUUUUUGCAGAAUAUGACUGGAAGUAGAACCGCACUUAUCCUCAACUCGAGUGUAACUGGCUAUGCGUAGUUUACAACAAAGAGUGUUUUAUUUAUGAGAAUAAGUGUUGGUUACAAAGAGAGUUUUUCUUUUAAGACAAUAAAUGCUGAAUGAAUUAUAAGGAAACUGCCAAAUACCAAUUACCAUUUCAGCAACUGCAUUGAUGCUUCUAUAGUUCACAACAACAACAUUUGAAUGAUAACAAUUGAUGAAGUGGAUCUGAAAUUUUAAGUGAGUAUAAAUUAUUAACUUCACAUCAGCAAUGAAGCUUCUAGAGUUGACCGGAACAUUAAAUGGCGGAAAACAACUGAUAAACUAGAUUUGAAUUUUAAGGGAAGGCGAAAUUGACAGUUUUGUUUUGUUUUUAUUUUAUCAUUCCUUGAAGAAGAUGAUAUAUUUCAGUGUUUAUUCCGGUAGAAAUGGCUGACGAAAUUAACACUUCGCAAGAACAAAUAUUUCGUUUUAAGUUUAAUGAACGAUUAAAAUAUAAUCAUUCUUUUAUUCAGCUCUCAGAGCAUCCUUCAAUUUACCCGUCCACUUGAUUAUAAUUGGAAAGAAAAAACAUUAGAAGAACAUCUCUGAACUCCUUUCAACUAUUUAAAAUCCUCCAGAGGUUGUUAAAAGGCUGAAAGCAAAGUCUCCACCAAAAAAAAAAACCGAAAUGAAUUUUUUGUGUGUGUUGAAUCACUCGUGUUAUUCAUGUCCGAAGUCGUAGCCUUUCAAGCAUUUCUUUGUAAGGAUGCAUCUCUUUCUUGUCCUGUGAUAACUCAUCAUCAUCGCCGACUUAAAGGCUUUGCGCCCAAAACAUUUCAUACGGCAAGCCUGAUAUCCUGUGGUUUGCAAUGUCAGAGAAACCCUCGAUGCGUUUCAACAAAUUUCAAAAAAAGUUUCCAAAACUGA